CGCCAUUUUUAAAUUAUGCUAUCGCGUGCCCCAACCCACUUUGUUUUUCUUGUAUUCGGUGAUGCUGCAGUUGUGGCCAUCUCGAGCAACCUACGACCAGACAACUGUGCAGAUGGCACCGAUCCUUUCAGCCACUGUCCCAAGUGAAUACUGCUUUAAUUUUGGAUGGAUGAAUUCUUUCAGAAAGAUGAUGAAUUCACAAGAGUUCGCGUGGGGGACUGACACGAGUCGUGGGGCUGGAAGUCGCAGCGAGCACACGCAGCGGGCGGUGGAUUGGGAGCUCGCCUUCCGGCCGCAUGCAUGCACAUGGGACCUUCCUGACGCCCCGCCGCGAGCGACGAGCAGGAGUACCGCCUGGCGCGGUACCUCAUGACCAACUACGACCCCGCCGUGAGGCCCGCGGAGAACUCGUCGGAGCCGCUCAAGGUCGUCUUCGGCAUCUCGCUGCACCACAUCAUCGACGUGGACGAGAAGAACCAGAUCCUGACGACCAACUGCUGGCUGACGCAGAUCUGGACCGACCACCACCUCAAGUGGAACGUCUCCGACUUCGCGGGAAUCCGGGUGAUCCGGGUGCCCUACAACCGCGUCUGGCGGCCCGACAUCAUCCUCUACAACAACGCCGACUCGCAGUACAACUCGGCGGUGAUCAACACGAACGUGAUCGUGUCGCACACGGGCGAGGUGGUGUGGCUGAGCCACGGCAUCUUCCGCAGCUCGUGCGACAUCAACGUGGAGCACUUCCCCUUCGACAUCCAGAGCUGCAACAUGAAGUGGUCCUCGUGGACCUACGACGGCUACCAGCUGGACCUGGUGAAGCAGACGGAGGAGGGCGACACCAGCAACUACCAGGCCAACGGCGAGUUUGACCUGGUGAGCUUCGACGCGGUGAAGCACAUCGAGUUCUACUCGUGCUGCCCGGAGCCCUACCCGGACAUCACGUACGUCAUCCGCAUCCGGCGGCGGCCCAUGUUCUACGUCUUCAACCUCAUCCUGCCGUGCAUCCUCAUCAACGGCAUAGCUCUGCUGGUGUUCUACGUGCCGUCGGAGUCCGGGGAGAAAGUGACACUUGGCAUCAGUGCACUGCUGUCCAUGACGGUGUUUUUGAUGACCAUCCGGGAGAGCCUUCCGCCCACAGAGAAGACGCCGCUCAUCAGCAUGUACUACGGGGUGAGCAUCUGCCUGGUGUCGUUCGCCUCGGGCCUGUCGGUGGUGACCCUGAACGUGUACCACCGCGGCGUGCGCGGCGCCGGGGUCCCCCAGCUGGUCAAGACCUUGGUGCUGGGCAAGCUGGCGCGCCUCGUCUUCCUGCAGUUCGAGCCGCGGGACAAGUUCGCGACCGCCUCGAGCAACCAACAGGACGUGAACCCCAGGACGGGGACCCGCCUGGACUGCCAGCGGCCGCCCGACAAGUGGGGCUCCGAGGACACGGAGCACCUCGACCCACAGCAGAUGUCACCCAGGUUCCCGCCCCGGCGCAGUCACCCGGAGACCGGCCCGGGACCCGCGCAAGACAGUUUUGAAGCGCAGUUCCUGCGGAUGCUGAACAAGGUGAGCCACGCCAUCGAGCGCAGCGAGCUGCGGGCGGCAGCGCGCGAGCGGCGCGACACGGCCGAGGUCGAGUGGAAGCAGGUGGCGCUGGUGUGUGACCGCUUCCUGCUGUGGGUGUUCCUGCUCACCACCGCCAUUACCACCGCCGUCAUCCUGUGCGGCUCCCCACACGGCCCAUGAUGCUUCGCCUGGCUGUGCGGCGAGUGAGGGACAGACGUGCAGCUCAGACGGACGACCCUCCGCGACAUUGCCGAGCGCUUUGGUGACCUUCCGCAGUGGUAACAGAGGCACACGCGCGACGAACUUCAGAAAUGAACCGAGCAUCGGGUUCUGUCCAGUUCCGCAAUUUGUGAAUCAAACGUUCAGGACGCAUCUACCGUAUUGCCGAGAUCCGUCAGUCGAACAGUUGAGGGAAGCAUUCGUUAAGUGUGAAUCCAACAACUUCUGCAAGUCUUUAUAAAAAAAUGUAAAUAUUAAAAAUACCUAACAACAUAAUAUUUGUGAAGGAGGGAGGAAGUGAAUGUGAACCCAGUGCAGGAAAUUUGCCCACUGAAUGGCAUGUUUGUAAAAACAAAAAAGGUAGUUGUGGUUUUUUUAUAUCCUUGCACACCAUGUACACAGGAUUUAGGUGACGGGACUAUUGCCUGCACAAUCUACAGUUUGUACUGUUACAUUUUGUUUAACACUAUAUGAUCAAUAUUGACAGGCUGUAUAGAUUAAUUAAUUUUAGUAAAAAAAAUUCAGGAAUUUAUGGUUAUGUUACUUAACAAGAGUUUAAGUCAUUAAGAUACUAAAUAGUAUGGAAACUUAAAAUUACAGUGUUUCAUUGCAUAAUUGUUGCACAUUUUAUGCUAAAAUCAAGUUUGAAAAGCAUUUUUGUUGAGGGUUAUUUUUUUGAUAGCAAAACGUUUGCAUGGAAAUUACAUUUAAUUAAAAUUAAUCAAUCAUUCAACAAAAAACAUAUAUUGUAUCAAGUUAAAAAACAUAGGACAACUGUCGUAGCACACAUUAACCACGAAAGAGUUCAGGCCGGGCUAUCAAAUGUAGUUUACUGGGGACAGAGAGAGCACGUUGCAUGCAAUCCAUCAGUGUUAGGCCACAGGCACCAACUAAUGCUUAGCUACAUUUUCAUAAACAUUGUUUCUCUUAUGAAACCACGUUUUUGGGUUACAUCGCAUAUGGAAGAAAAAAUAUUACAUACAUUUUAUUGAGAAAAUGGCGGGAGUGAAACAUUUGACCAUAUUGUGUGGGAAUGUCUUAAUGAUUUUUACUGUAAGUUCAGUAUGUUUCCAUUGUAUAUACCAUACUAGACUGCAACUUGAAAACUGUCCUGUGAUCUUUGGAAAAGUAAUGUUUACUACCUGCACAAAUAGGUCACAAUCUAACAGCAGGAUCAAAAUUUUAUGCGAGAUUUUAAAGCCCCACAAUAGCAUUACAACAAUUAUGUAUUAAAACACUGUAUUUUGUGAAUUACUAAAUCAUUGUCAAUUCACAUAUUUUUAUGGUUUUGAAUACACUGUAUUCAUUCCUGAGUGCAUUUAUUUGGUGAAUUUUUUAUUGAUAGGCAGCUUUGAAGUGCAACGCCUGUGGUUGCUAAACAAAGUGAAUCAUUUUAUUGUUGAUUGUGUGCUAUCAGUGCAAGAUAUAGACCUAGAGGGAACUCGGUGGAUGUGUGAAGAAUGAUUUUCAGUUAGGCUCUACAAUGGAACAGCAAUGUAAUGCAAAGGUACAGGCACGUGCUUCGACAACCACGCCACAGAGAAGACAUUAAGAUCAAGCUACAAUUAGUUCUACCAGUGCAUGCGAUUGUAAAACUACCUGUGAUUUACUUGAAUGUACACUGUGACCGGUGAUGGGAGUGUUUCUCAAAACUGAAUUUAGGCCGACAGCCACUCAGUGUUGUUAGUGUCCAAUAGACACAAGCAUAUUCUUUCUGUUUUAAGAAGAACAUAAAUUAUAUUCUGAAAAUGGCAGUGGUAUUUUCAAUAGACUAGGUAAAAUAUACUGUUUUUGCACAUACGUUAUGUACUUGAUUGGCUUUUAUAAUUGUGAAAGGAUAAAACAAGUUGCUUGCAAUCAAAUGAAAGUGCUAAUUUGCUGUUGUGAUGAUACAACAUUUCAAACCAAUAUCACAGUUUGUACAAUUAUCUGAUGUAUAUUUUAUCUCUAAAAAUUUUUUUUUUCCAUUUGUUGCUUUAUAAAAAUUAAAUGCAGAGCGUGCCAAGAAAA